CCGGACAAAACAAAUGAAGGCAAAAAAAUCUGAAAACAUGACGAACUGCCAAGCUACAGACACAACACAGUACCCAAGAAAGCUGUCAAAGAAAGGCAAAGCGGAAAGUGACCUCAACACUACUUUGAUCUCUUAACCAUUGAAAUCCCAUCCCCAUAUUGCGCUCUAAAUCUUCUCUUCCUUUUUCCGUUGACUUUGAUUCCCACUUCCCUCCCCACAGCACCCUUUGUUUGUUCCUGUUUUCCCUGUUAUUUCCCUUUACAACCUUGUUUCGCCAGCAUGUUUCUUACAUUUGCAUGCCCAAUUUAAGAUUAGAGGCCUGCAGCUAUGUCAAUGGUAGCCAUCGAGAGCAUGGCAUCGUUGAGCACUGAUGUUUUCUACGACAUAUUGAGGCGCCUUGAUGGUCCAAGUUUGGCUGCCGCAGCAUGUGCUUGUGCAACGUUUUGUUCUAUCUCUAGAGAGGAGAGAUUAUGGGAAAAUGUUUGUUCUUCUAUGUGGCCUUCGACCAACAGAGAAGAUGUUAAAAGUUUGAUUUCGUUGAUUGGUGGGUUUAGAAAAUUCUAUGCGGAUUGUUUUCCGCUUAUUGUUAAUAAGGAAGUAACGGAGUAUCAGUGGAAUGGCUAUCUUGAGAACCCCGAAGAGUGGACGGAAGCCGAGUAUUAUGGCGACACUGUCGAACUAGAAAGUAUUUCACCACUAGAUUUUGUUUCAAUUGUGGAUAUCAGGUAUAAAGAUAAAACAAUAUGCUCAAAAGUGCUGUGGGGUAUUCCUAAUGCAAAUGGAUCCAAUAGUUGGUUUCACAACUGCCCGUUUCGGAUUGAUCUUCUCAAUUAUGCAGCUAGAGAUGAUGAUAGUGAAAGUGAGGUUACCCUUACGGUUUCUGAUGGCCUGCCACCUAUUACUUCUAUGGAAAAGGAAAGGAAAGAUGGGAAGCUAUGGAAGGAGCUACGAGACGGCCUUCGCCUUAGUUGGAUCGUUGUAAACCGGAAAGUUAAACAAGCUGCUAACCUUGCAAGCUGGAGCCCUCUUGGCGGACAGAGACAUUGGCCAACAGACAAAGAUUUCGUGAUAAGGUUCGGGUCUGUGCUUCCUGCCAAGGACAUCCUUCCAUGUCAAGUAGUGGAAUGCAUUCUGAUAAUGAAGUUCAGAGUCGUGAACACAGAAGGGGAGGGCGUAGAGACAACACUCAAAUUGACGGAGCUAAGCAUGCAGUUGGAAGAUAUGGAAGGUGCACAUGUUAACGGAAGAAACAGUUUGCUUAUUCUGAAAGAAGCUCUAAGCUGCAGGAGAAGCAAAAACUACAGCGAGGUUCUAGAGUCAUGUCAUCUGUACUCGAAAGUGCAGAGUGAGUUGAAGGAGGAAAAGAUGAGGAACGAAAGCAGGAUAGAUAGACUUUGUAUCUUAAGUGGCAUUGCUGCUUUUGUCACGUUUUGGUAUUACAUAUUGUAAAUGUUGAUGCUGCUUUUAAAUUAGCACCUUUCCUAAGAUGUUCUAACAA